UGGCUACGUGAGACGAGCUGUUUUCACGCGAUUUCACUGUGCAUUACAAAAUGUAUUUCGGUUAUAAAACGGAGUUUACCUGAUGUUUACAACUAAAAUUUAUUAAAUACAAAACUCAUUCAGGAGAUAUGUGGCAUUUUGGACAAACACAGAAAUUUCGAAUUUAAAAGGAAACUAAAGCCACACAAAGAUGACUCUUGUAGAUGCUGAGCGGUAUCCACCUUUGUCGGCGCUACAGAGAUACAUACUGUUAGCAAUAAUAAUGUUUAUGCUGUCAAUCGGACUGCUGGCCGUUGGAGUAACUGCCGUUGUCAAGUAUCCGGUCAGCAGCUACGGAUACCCAUAUUACACCGGGUGUUUUAUCGUCGGCUGCUUGGCACUGGGCUAUGGCUUGGUUUGUUCGUACAUCGCUUUCAAAGGCGCCAUUGAUACAAAUAAUGAAACCAACAAGAAAGAAGUAGGCUAUGCGAUCGCUUGCCAAUUCAUUUUGUCCUCGUUUCUAUCUAUUGGAUGUUUGGCAGGCACAGUUUUCGCCGGCUUUUGGCUAAGCGGAAACUAUUCUGCUGACAACACAACUGAAUAUCAAGACAAAGUAAGAACACUGUCUGGUGCAACUAUCGCUGGCUGCAUACUGACUUUAGGAGUAAACGUGUUUGGUAUGUGUACUGCAUGCAAUUACGGGAGCCAUUUUGGUAUGAACAAUCAACAUCAACGCAGCAGUUCAGCAGAUGAAACAUUUGAGACAGCAGCGACAGUCAAUACCUCAGACAAUUUAACUCAAACUGGGAGUAUAGAAAUGGGUGUAAUGAGUACGGGUAGUAUACACACCCUGCAGGAACAAAACAGAUUGCUGCAAGAGCAAGUUCGAUUCCAACAAGAGCUUCUUAACCAACAGCAGGGGGCAUAUGUAUCCACCAUUGGGUUUAAUGCCCCUGCCUCGCCUAACUAUUCCGUGAGUGGUGUCUUUGUUACACCGGAACAUCAGCUCCCCUCGGCCCCUGCGUUCCCCUCGGCUCCUCCGCCCCUAUCGGACCCUCCGCCGAGCUAUGACUCAUUGAAAUAAAGUGCUUUUGUUUUUUGAUAUUUUGUUUUGAACAACUGCAUGAUUUUAAGCAUAAAGAUUUAAAAAUACAAAUGACAGAAUAUAUUUCUGUAUUGCACACUGGGUUUAAAUAUUCCUUAUAACAAACAGUUGGUUAGUUAAAAAGAAUAUACACCAAAUGGUCCAAAAUCGGCAAAUACAGUAUGACCUCAAAACAAGCAUAGUAUUGUCAAUUCGAGCAAGUAUGAGGCCGAUAAUACGUCACUUAACAUAAUUAGAAGAAUAUUUUGUCGCUGUCUCUGCUGAGAUUAUCCGUUUCUAAAUAGCGCAUAAUGGUUUUCAAGGUUAAAGUAUUAGCAUAUAAAAGUCACGUGAUUAUAACAGAUACAUAUACCGACGCUAUUUUUAAAUUACUAGUAUUAACGUGGUAGACAAACCAAUUAAAAUUUAAUUUGGAAAGAUAUUUAAAACCUACGAAAGAUGCAUGUGUCGUAAGCGAUGUGAUGCAUCAGUAGAUUUGUUGGACACAACGAUUUCAAUUUUAUGUAAGUUUUUGACCAUUUUCUUUUUUAUUUCAAUUGCUUUAUCUCGUGUCUAGACCUUUAAAGCCAAGUGAUAUGAGUAUCUGCGUUUCAACAAAGUUGCCGUGGGUUCGACUCCUAACUGGAAUGGGGUUAAUCGAAUUGAUAUAUAUCUAAACAAUAUUUGCAUAUGUCUUCUGAUGUUAGUUUAAUGUUUCUAUCAUAGGGAAUAUUUACAAAUUAAUUCCUGAAUAACGAACUGUUGUUUUUUUCUCCCACCUCAGAUAAGUUAUCCAAUAAUUUAGCUAUGCUAGAAAUUCUUAUCUUGCCCACGGUUGAAGAUAAAAUGCCCGUAUGGAACUUCUUUUUAAUGGUCUUCACAUUGUAAUUACCUCCCUUUUUAAAGACUGUCGUCUGUAGCAUUAUGGAAACAUUUUCUUGUGGUAAUAUUUAAAUCGCUAAUUAAAUAUUUCUCGCUUCAAAUGUCACCAUAAAACAGUUGUCACGCACCUUUCAAGAAAUAAUGCUUCACUCUCCUAAGAACUAUUUAAAGACUGAUUUGACUAAUAACAUCAUCUGAAUCGCUGCGCGCAUAUCCAUGACAACCACGAAUUAUCGCAUAUCCAUGCGCAAUUAUUUUUACUAAGCACAAAAGAGUUUCAGUAAAUAAUACAUUUUUACUUAAUUUUGUUUAACUGGGGUGGGAGAAAAAGCAUCUACCAUAGCCGCUCGUGUAAGAUAGGUUCAUCCCGACCCUCGCGCAGGGUGUUUUGCGCAAACUCGGUAAACCUCGUUUCCGCAAAACACCGUACGCUCAGGUCGGGAUAAACCUAUCUUACACUCUCGGCCAUGCAAGUCGUCCGAAUGUUCAUGCAUAUAUUGGUUUUUCCCCUUGUUCAUCUAGUUCUAAAAAACUUUUUAUCAUUAGUUUUCAUUGACUAUGCUUUUCAUUAUUAAAUGUCUUGAUUUAUAAGACAUAAUUCAA